GGGAAGCUAACAGCAUGACGAGUGGCAUGCGACCGUGAUUCGAGUCUACUACAGGAUCCAACGAAUAUCACACACCAUCCCAGGCGACCCGCAUAACAAAAACACCCGCAAAGUCCAACCGCCGCCCGUGCGCGCCUCGCAUACCCAAUCUGCCCAUCAUGGAUGCCAGCUAUCUUUCCCAGCAGGUCAACAGCAUCAUUGGUCAGUUGCAUGGCUUGUUUGACGAGAUUGGUGUCCCCAGUCAUGAUCGCGACAACCGAGAAGCAGAGCUCUUCACAGCUCUCUCAGAAACAUUGAAUAACCAGGUUAAGCUCGUCACGGCAGAGAAAAGGGAAUUGGUGGACGAGGCGGAAAGCAUCAUCACCCUAAUCCGGCAAAUGGAAACUUCACUUGAUGAUACCAAAACACAGCGGAACCAGGGGGAUGACGACCUGCAAAUCACCUAUCCUCUCACGCAAUGCCUGAAAGUAUUGAAAGAGAAGCAUAUGCAAAUAGCUAAAUUGCAUCGAGAGCGGUUCGAGCAAGUCAAAAAGCUCGUUCAAGCAUUAGAAUCAUACUCUUCCCACCUUGAGCCCACUUUCAUCAAGGUCGCCCUGCCACCCACAGGACCAAAACAGUCUCUACCACCAACGUUUGAUCUUUCGCCUGCGUAUGUCGACAAACUCGACGACGAGUUCACUCGAGUAUACGAAGAAUAUACGCGUCGAGUAGGGACAGUAAAGGCACUGUGUGAAAACAUUAUCCAACUCUGGGCCGAACUUGGGACGCCGCAAGCUCAAACUGACAGUGCCAUCGUAAAGUAUUAUCGAGAUGCUCCAGAACAACUCGGUUUACACGAAGAGGACCUCUCUAGGCUACGGAUCAGGAGAGACAAAUUGGCCGAUGACAAAAAAUCUCGUGAGAAACGCCUCAAGGACCUUAAGAUGGCCGUUGAUGCACUUUGGGAGAAACUUGGUGUCGAGGAGUCCGAGCGUAAAUCGUUCCUUAACAGAAACCGUGGCUGCGGCGUUCGGCAGAUCAACGAAUUCGAAGAUGAGCUAACGAGGUUGAGUGAACUCAAGCGACAGAACUUGCACCUAUUUGUCGAAGAUGCCCGUUUUAAGUUACAGGAACUUUGGGACGCUCUAUAUUUCUCCGAUGACGAGAUGCUGGAGUUCACGCCAGCUUUCUCUGAUGUCUACAGUGAUGCGCUACUCGAGGCUCAUGAAAGGGAGAUAUCUCGCCUCGAAGCCUUGAAAGAUCAACGGGCACCAGCGUUGGCAUUGAUCGAAAGACACCGAACUCUUGUCCAUGAUCGCGAUGAACUGGCUGCAUCAAGCCAGGAUGCGUCACGUCUCAUGAUGCGUGGUCAGAAGGGAGAAAGGAGAGACCCCGGGAAAUUGCUUCGUGAGGAGAAAAUGAGAAAGCGAAUCACAAAAGAAUUACCCAAAGUCUCAGCAGAACUGGCCAAGCUAUUAGCAAAGUGGGAAGACGAAUACGGCCGUCCAUUCCUUGUUCAUGGCGAACGGUAUCUAGAUGUUCUGGAGCCCGAGGAGCCUAAGGCAGUUCCCGGGCCCAGAGCAAAGACCCCAGCAGGACCUAGAGGAGUACCUCCCAGCCGGGCGAAUAGCACUGCAAGCAGAGCUGGAACAAUCGCCAGGUCCAAGACACCAACAGCAAACCUUACAGGCACCGUGAGGAAAGGUGUGGCGCCCAGUCAAGCGCUUAAAGAUCUAAAAACUAGUCCCUCCAGAAUUCCGGCGCGCGUGCCCCUGUCGAAUCUCAAGCAUGGCAAUAAUUCCCCCGAAAGACCACGACCGGAGACUCGAACCCAAGGCGCAUUAAGACCAGGUCAUCCCCUAACAAGAGCUCCGCCUCCGAAAAUGAGGGAACUGGUACCGGCUCCAGAGCUAGAGACGCCAGUAAACCCAUAUCGAAGCGUAGGACUCGGUUCAGGUUCACAUGUACGGGCCGUUGAACCGGAGGAUGUAUAUGAUGAUCGGAAUUCCCAACAAAGCUAUGGGCGAUCUUACAUGCAUCAAACCUCUCACGCAUCUUUGCGUAGUGAGCGACAUGCUCAGUCUGCGUAUCCACAUGCACCUCCACCGAGACAGACCUCGAAUACAUCAACUGUCAUUUCCGGAUCAGAAAACUGGGAGACGUACGAUGAUGGAUCAGAGCCCGAGGCUGAUGCGUCCGACGCAUAUUAUGCUAAAGUCAGAGCAGCAAGAGGAAAGCGAUUCAGCCCUGAGGAUGGUUAUAUAGAUGCUCAAACCAGCCAAGUUAAGCGCGUUCGGGGCCUUCCUCCUUCUAUGCAUAUCAACCAUAUGACUGUAGAUGCCGAAGGCAACCGAACCAUCUCAGGGAGCGAAUGGACCGACGAAGACGCCUUCUCAUAGCCAUGUUUUCCAUUUACAGCUGAAUGAUAACGAGACGCCAGGCGAUACAUG